CGGCACUUCGUGUCACCAACGUGUCACCCGAACGCAAACACAACCUGAGUGUCGUCUUCAAAAAUGGACAAAAUAGCUAUUUUACACACUUUUAUGUGCUAUGCUAUGACUGUCGGUGUACGCAGUGAAAUGGUACAACUUAGAGUGAUAAAUGAGAUGCCUAAUAACGGCUAUAGUAAUCUGAAUGGACUUGAUGCUAAAACAGAAGAAAGGCUACAAGCAAGAAUGAAACCUGCAAAUGUAUCAGGACCAGACCACUUGUAUCACCUCGAGGGAAAAUGCUUCAAGUAUAAGGAUUUGAAAUAUGAAUACAUGUUCUGCCCAUUUAACAACAUUACUCAGGAAGAUAUUCAAGCAUUUUAUGAACCAUAUAAAGGAAUAUUAGGGGUAUGGUUGGAUUGGGAAAUAAGAGACAAUAAAUUUGCUGCCAUGAGAAUGGUUGAAGGAAGCUCCUGUGGUAUGCAUAACCACAGAACCACGAAGGUUGAAAUAGUGUGUGGAGUUCGAUCAGAAUUACUUUCUGUUUCUGAACCUGAGAAAUGCAGGUACUUAGCAAAAUUUAUGACUCCAGAAGUUUGUGGAGAAAAUGCUAUGGUGGUGUAUCCAAGGCUAUCAAGUGAACUGAGACAUCAGUGGGAUGCCCUAGAGACAGAUAGAAGUUAUGGAGACAUAACAGAAAAGGGUUACCAGAAAGAGCUUGACAGAAUUAUGAUGGCUGCAGGCUAUGUAGUUUCUCCAGAAGUGCAGUCAUCUCUCCUGGAAAAAGCUUCUGCAGAAAAGAAGAAGUCAUGUAGAGAUGAAUUAGAGGAAGCAAGACAGCGCAUCAGUGAACUCGAAGAAGAAUUAAAAAUGAAGGAAGAAAUUAUUGUAGAACUUGAGGGAAAAGUCAACUGAUAGGCUAGUUAAAUGAGAUAAAUAUUUAUUUGAAAAUAUGGAGAAAGCAUAUUUUUUGGGUUGUUCCUUCAUUAUAAUAACAAAAAUUGAUCAUAUUUCCUAUAUGAAGUAACAUGUUUGUGACAGUUAAAUGGCAUAAUAUAAAACAUAAAGCCUUUUUUGUAACAUUUCCAAAACUCCUAACAGUUUCAUACACUUUGACACAUGUUUGCCCUUUAUGCACACAUUAUUGGAACCUGUUGAAACAUGUUUUCAGUAUGUAUCAGCAUAUGCCUCUACCUUGAUUCAGUUUGAUACAUUCCAGUCAGAGUGCAAUAUUUUUCUGAUAUAUUUCAUGUAGUCUCAGAUAGGCAAUUACAUUUUCAUUAAUUAUGAAUUACAUCAUAAAUUUCUAGAUAAAACUUUUUAUUUUAAAGUUAUAUUUUUUUUUUAUUUUGUUUCUCUGUGCUUUUCGACAAGUACAUCCAAUUCGAAUAUAGGGUAAAAUUUGAAGUCAAUCAUGACGAUGUAACAUGGUAAAAAUCAUAUGACGUGGUAUUGACCUCAGUCGGAUGAAUGUCUUCAAAAUCAUUCUGUACCUGUAGGAUAUAACCUUACAGGCUCAAAAAUAGCAAAGAAAAAUCUAAGUAUCUUGAUUUGUUGAUAUAAUUCAAUUAAUAACUCAAGUAAAUGUCUGUGAUCAGUUGAAUUAUCCAGUUGUCUGAUUGGACAUGAUAAGAUGCAAAACCUUAAGCAACAUUCCACUUUUAAAAUGAAGAAUAAUGUAUGUAAUAAGAAAAAAAUAGUUUCACUGAAUCUGAGAAAAACAUUUAAAAGUUUCCACAGCCUUGCAUAGCAAAGACUGGUAUGUAUAAACAGUUACAGAGUAGUUAGGUACUUUUCCCAUUUUAUUUGAAACUUCCACAAUGCUUUGCUUGUAAUCCAAAAUCAUACCAGCAUAUUAAGUACUUUAAUGUUUUUUAUUGAUUUUUGAAGUGAAAUUUAAGAAAUUAACUUUUUUCAAAACUCUGUAUGUUAGUGUAAACUUCGAUGAUAUCGUGUUUUAUAGUGAUCAUGAUACAACUUGAAACAAUGUAUCAAAGUGUUAGGGAUUUUGGGAGUCUACAAAAAAGGCCUAUAGUAACAUCUUUCAGGGUUUUUGUUAUGGUUGUAGUGAUAGAAACUUACAUUCCUCUUUAUUUAUGGAAUAAUUUUAUAGGGGUGAUAUUAUUGUGAAGAAAAGUUUUUAUGAGCAUAAUUAGAUGGAAAGAGACACUUAUCUCCAUUAAUUAAUCGCUCCUUUUUAAUGAUAGGGAUAAUGACAUGUUUGUAUUAUUUAGUUGCGUGUUGUGAGAGUAUAGUUUUGUUGUUUCUGAGGAUUAACAGUUUUCAGUUGUUAUAAUUCUAGUCAUUUGUUAAUGAAGAAGGAUCGCUUCAUA